UGUUGUGUGAUCGUUCGCUUCUCCACGUCUUCGAAAACCAAAACCAAAACAAAAAAGAAAAUGCCCUUUUAGCCACGUCACCUUCCCAUUCUCUUUCUCUUCAGCUCUCCAUUUUUCAUAUCUAUCGCUUUACCCUCUCAAACUCAAUACAUUUUUUCUCAUUGAGACCAAAAUUUUCUCUCUCAUAUGUAUAUGGCAUUUAAAUUGCAACAUAAAAGCUUAAUUUAUUCAAGCUCUUCAGAUCCGUGGCUAUUGCGUGAGUCAGUUAGAACCCGUUUUUCCUGCAAGCAAGUGGCUAGCUUGGAUCACCUCCUAAUAAAUUGGGGUAAUUCAAGUAAGAGAUGCUUUAUAAGGCUUGCUUUGUCAGAGAGCAAUAAUGUUGGCCUUAGCCACCGGUUGUUGGGAUAUAGGAAAACCUAUUUUACCUUUCAUAAAUCAAGAAGGAUGGCAAAACACCGUCCUCUUGCAUCCGCUGAUGAUGGUGUAACAGUCAAUGGGAGUCCCCCAGCAAGUACCAGUGGUGAUGUGGAGGGAAUGAGGGUCAAACUAAAUCAGUCACUACAAGCCGAAGAUAAUAGCGAUGGACUUGCCCAGACUUUACAUGAGGCUGCCAGGAUUUUUGAGUUAGGAAUCAAAGAACAAGGCUCAUUGUCAAAAAUAUCUUGGUUUUCAGCUGCCUGGCUUGGUGUAGACAGAAAUGCAUGGGUGAAAUCAGUAUCUUAUCAGGCUUCUGUGUAUUCCUUAUUGCAAGCUGCAAGUGAGAUUUCAUCCCGAGGUGAUCGUAGAGACAGGGAUAUAAAUCUUAUUGUUCAAAGGAGGUAUUUAUUACGGCAAUCUGCUCCACUGGAGAGCUUAAUCCGAGAUAAAUUAUCAGCCAAGCAACCUGAAGCUCCUGAAUGGUUUUUUUCUGAGCAAGUUCCAGUGGUGGUGACGUCCUUUGUCGAUUAUUUUGAAGGGGAUGCACGCUUUACUGCUGCCACUGCUGUUUGUGGAAAAGGCACAUCAUUGGGAUCUGGGAAUGCAAGUGAUGUAUCAGUCCUCAUGCUUGCACUUACUUGCAUUGCUGCAAUUACAAAACUUGGUCCGGCAAAAGUUUCUUGUCCGCAAUUCUUUUCCAUGACUCCAGAAAUAACUGGUAGAUUGAUGGACAUACUGGUUGAUUUUAUUCCUAUACGCAAGGCUUAUCAUUCUAUGAAAGAUAUUGGUCUACACACAGAAUUUCUUGUUCAUUUCGGUCCUCGAGCUGCGGCAUGUAGAGUAAAUAACGAUUGGGGUUCAGAAGAGGUCUUUUUCUGGGUAAAUCUUGUACAGAAGCAGCUGCAACGAGCUAUAGAUAGGGAGAAAAUAUGGUCAAGACUGACAACAUCUGAAAGUAUUGAGGUUUUGGAGAAGGAUUUGGCGAUAUUGGGAUUCUUUAUUGCUUUAGGCAGAAGUACAAAGUCCUUUCUAUCUGCUAAUGGUUUUGAUGUUAUAGAUGAUCCUAUUGAAGGCUUUGUUAGUUACCUUAUUGGGGGCAGUGUUUUAUACUAUCCUCAACUUUCAUCAAUAAGUUCUUAUCAAUUGUAUGUUGAGGUAGUCUGUGAAGAGUUGGAUUGGCUUCCUUUUUAUCCAGGCAACUUUGGCACCCAAAAACAGUUGCACAGCCAUAAAAGUAAAAGAGAUGGCCCUCCCAAUGCUGAAGCUAUCCCUCAAGUAAUAGAUGUUUGCUCUCAUUGGAUGCAGAGCUUUAUCAAAUACAGCGAAUGGCUGGAGAACCCUUCUAAUGUUAAGGCAGCAAAAUUUCUGUCUAGAGGGCACAACAAGUUAAUGGAGUGCAAGGACGAAUUGCGGAUAUCGAAGAAUGAUAUGGUGGAAAGUAAAAGUAAGAAUUCUGUUGAGAGGAUUGGAUCUAAGACUAAUUUUCUGCCUGAGAAAUCAUUGGAUUCUUUUGACAAGGCAUUGGAGAGUGUAGAAGAAGCUCUUGUAAGACUAGAAAAAUUGCUUCAAGAGUUGCAUGUAUCAAGUUCUUCUUCUGGAAAAGAGCAUCUAAAAGCUGCUUGUUCUGACCUUGAGAAAAUGAGGAAGCUGAAAAAAGAGGCUGAAUUUUUGGAGGCAUCUUUUAGAGCAAAAGCAGCCUCCCUUCGGCAGGGAGAUGGUGACAGUCAUUCCCAGUCAAGUAUCAGCGGGCAGCAACAGUACUUGAAAGGGAAAAACAGGAAGAAUGCUAAUAUAGUGCCGGAUAGGAGCAACAGAAUUCUCAACAAACCUAUGUGGAGCUUCUUUAUGCCCCUUCCAGAUAAAAAGCCUGGCCCAGAGUCAAUUAUGGAUGGAUCCGAAAAUGAAUGUUUGGAGCAGACUACUUCAAAUAUAGAUAAUGCAGACUCAGAAUCAAAUGAAAUUCACCGUUUUGAACUUCUGAGGAAUGAGCUAAAAGAACUUGAAAAACGGGUCCAAAGAAGUGCUAAUCAAUCAGAAAAUGAGGAGGAGUUUAAUGUUACAGAUGAUGAUGAUAAUAAUCAGUGUGAUGUUAGAGGUUCUCAAUUGGUCCAGGUUCAGAAGAAAGAAAGUAUCAUCGAAAAAUCAUUAGUCAAGCUAAAAGAAACUAGCACGGAUGUCUUGCAAGGAACCCAGCUUUUAGCUAUUGAUGUUGCUGCUUCUAUGGGAUUGCUCAGAAGGGCCCUGGUAGGAGAUGAAUUGACAGAAAAAGAAAAGAAAGUUUUCAAAAGAACGAUGACUGACUUAGCAUCAGUUGUUCCAAUUGGCGUUUUGAUGCUUCUUCCGGUUACUGCAGUUGGGCAUGCAGCAAUGUUGGCUGCUAUUCAGAGAUAUGCACCAGCUCUGAUACCAUCCUCAUAUGGACCUGAAAGAUUGGAUCUCUUGAGGCAACUUGAGAAAGUUAAGGAGAUGGAAACCAGUGAAGAUAAUUCGAAUGAAAAUGGGGAGGAACUAGCCUGACUAGAAGCCAAUGCAAAUUUUGUACAGCUGUCAAAAUUGAAACACUAGUUUUAAUCAUGAGGUGACAUGAUUUUAUUCUUUUAAAAGCUAAUUUCACUGGGUUCUGAAUCCUUUUGACAAUAGAUAAGCAUAGAGAAGCUCAUUCCAUGUGUCUGGCACUCCAGGUAAGCACCAAUGACUGCAGUCUUGUGGAGAGGGAGUUGGAGUGCCUGGCUCGCGAUACUUUGAAGGGUGACCAUCAAACCUAAAUCCUGUUAGAUAUGUGAUGUUUAAGAAUUGGAUACUCCUGUUUCCAUAAUCCAUCUGUUUGACUACAUUGGAAAUGAAUUCAUUAUUUAAUGGCUCCGCCUCCAGAUUUGUGAGGUUUGUUUC